AUGAGGAAGGAAGAAGAGGAGGAAACUGGAUAUCUGGGCCCGGUUUCCCAAACGCAUCUUAAGGCAUCCAAUGGUUCUAAUGAUGAACUUGCACUGAUUAACACUCGAGAGAGAUGUGACUAUCGUGGAUCCUCUGUGGAGCCUCAACAACAUAAUGAUGCUGACGAGGCAGAGAAGAGUCUCUCCACAACAGAACACCUAAAGAAAAACCAGCGGAGACCCACAGGAAAGAAACCUCAUUGCUGCUCUGAUUGUGGGAAACAUUGCAAAUAUUCAUCAGACCUUAAAAUACACCAGCGUGUACACACAGGAGAGAAAUCUCACCACUGUUCAGAUUGUUCAACAUCACAGAUUUUGAAGCUGCAGCAGAGAACACACACAGGAGAGAAAUCUCAUAGUUGUAAUCAAUGUGGGAAGAGUUAUUUAAGGUUAAAAUCACUAAAAGUACACAUGAGAAUUCACACUGGAGAGAAACCUUAUAGCUGUGAUCAAUGUGGAAAGAGUUUUGUUCAAUCUAGCGAUCUGACAGUACACCAGAGAACACACACUGGAGAGAAACCUUUUAGCUGUGAUCAAUGUGGGAAGAGUUUUAUUGCAUCUAGCAAUCUGACUAUACACCAGCGGACACACACAGGAGAGAAGCCUUAUAGCUGUAAUCAAUGUGGGAAGAGUUUUAUUACAUCUAGCCAGCUGACUUCACACCAGCGAGUACACACAGGAGAGAAAUUUUACCACUGUUCAAAUUGUUGGAAAAGCUUUUCAACGUCACAGACGUUGAAGCUGCACCAGAAAACACACACAGGUGAGAAACCUUACAGCUGUGAUCAGUGUGGGAAGAGUUUUAUUACAUCUGGCAAUCUGACUAUACACCAGCGGACACACACAGGAGAGAAACCUUAUAGCUGUAAUGAAUGUGGGAAGAAUUUUAAUACAUCUAGCCAUCUGACUACACACCAGAGAGUACACACAGGAGACAAACCUUAUAGCUGUGAUGAAUGUGAGAGGAGUUAUACUGCAUCUAGCCAUCUGACCAGACACCAGCGAGUACACACAGGAGAGAAACCUUAUAGCUGUGAUCAAUGUGGGAAGAGUUUUACUACAUCUAGUGAUCUGAAGGUACACAAGAGAACACACACAGGAGAGAAACCUUAUAGCUGUGAUCAGUGUGAAAAGAGAUACACUCGUAAAAGAUUUCUGAUCAAACAUCAGAAAAUACAUACAUGAAGGAGUUAUUUGGUGAGAUCAAUGAAAUAACAAUUUAGAAUGUUUUUAACAUUGUAUUUGGAGUUUUUUAAGGAAUUUCACAAUGUAGAACCCUAAACGUUUGCCCCAUUCAAUAUAUUUCAGCAUGAUAGGGAUAUUAGCCUAGGGAAAAAUCCAGGCUCUGAAAUGGAAGAGUACUAUUUAUGUGAUUUAACAAAAAGUGAGUUACACUUAUCACGUUGGUGACCCACUUGAAU